AUGCCCGAGGCAGCAGCCGGAGCUGGAGGAGACGCCGCCACCGACCCCCCCAAGCGCAUCCGCCGCGUUCGCUCCUUCAACUACGUCCCUCCCCACGUCGAGGCCGUUGCUACUCCUGCGCGCCCUGCCCACGUUCGCUUCGCCGACGAGUGCACGUUGGGUGCCACGGUCAGCGGCAACACCACCACCAAUACUACCCCUCAGGCCACGACUGGCAGCGUCAGCGGCACUGCCGUCAACGCGCCCCAGGCCAAGAGCGAGCCAGCCAGAGACUGCCAGCCGACCAGCUUUCCUGCCGUUGGCCCGCCUCCUGGCUCUGGCUACGCGGCUCCCGCUGUCCUCCCCCAGCAGUGGUACACUUCUGCCGACCCGACUCGCAGCCUGAGCGGCCCGGGACCCUACGCCCAGUACCACCAGUACCCCCAGUACCCCCAGUAUCAACCUCACCAGCUCGCCACUGGCACUGGUGGUUUUGCUGGAGCCUCAUACGUCAACGGCCAGCCUGUUCAGGUCCAGCAGCAGCAGCUGCCGGCCACCACCAACAUGAGCAUCCCCUACCUUGCCGCCACGGGCCCUGCGCCGCCCACCGAGGGCCUCAAUUUCCAGCCCCCCGUCCCGGACAAUAGCAACGGCCCAAUGCAGCACCUCUACGUGCCUCGUUACGAUGCCGCUCCUGGCGUUGUGGGCGGUGCCGUCCACGUUCAGCCUGCUGUUCAUGUCGGUCACCAGAUCCCUCCCGUUUCCAUCAUCUAUCCCAACCACCAUGUCCUCCCUGUCGCUUCUGCUGCUGCGGUGGUUGGUGCUUAUCGGCAUGGGACGGUGCUCGUCAACGGCGUCCCCUAUUAUGCAAGUGCCUCUGCCCGUUUGCCGCCCGUGUGGCAUCCCCGACCCCGCGUCUGGCGCCCCUCGAGCGAUCGUAGGCCCAGUCGUCGUCCGAGGCGUGCAUCGUUUACAUCUUGGCCUGCCCUGCCAAGCAAACACACAAUGUUCAGACUCAGACAACGUCAGAGAAUGUCGGCUAACAUUCGCCUACAGCCGCACCCUGUUCCCGGCACGGUUCCCGUCGGUCAGCCCGGUUACGUCGUCUACCAGGGCAUACCUCAGCAGCUCGUGGCCCCCGUCCCCGCGGCCCAGCCGCAGCUGCCCGGCCAGCCCGUCAUGAUCAGCGGCCAGACGUACUACCCGAUCGCAGCGACCCCGGCCGGCCAGCCGAUGCCCGCCAUUAUGCAGGCUGCCCCCGCCGUGGCGCCCGCGACCCUGAUCGCAGGUACGGCCGCUGCCCCUGUCCCCGUCCCCCACGAGGUUCCGGGCCUGGGUCGCACGCCGCAGGAGGAGGUGCUGCAUCAGGUGCAGUUUGCCUACAACAACAAGCUCUUUGAGCCCCAGGACAUGAAGCCUGGCGACGACGACCCCAGCCGUUUCUACUAUGUGCGCGAGCUUGACGGUAACUGGACUCAGCGCAGCCGCUAUUCCAUUGACCAGAUUCCGUGCCGCUGGUACGUGACCGACGAGGGCUGGUUCUACGCCGUGCGCCUGCCCGACUGA